ACGGAUUCGUGGAAUGUGACGGGAGACGUCGCUCGCGGAGUGAGUCGUAGAAAAGGGGACAUCAUCUACUGCCCGGGAGCGAGAGACACAAAUCAGCUGGUAUGUCAAAUAAUCAGCUGGUUGACUCCUGUCUACGCGUCCUACAGGAGAAAGCCCCCGACAUGCCACAAUACACCGGACAGGGCGACACGGAUUACCAUGGAAGUAACGGACAGGCGGACACCCACUCGCUGCACUCGUCUCAUCUGUCCGUCCAGGAGGAUCCGCUGCUCAUCCGGACGCACAAGCAACAAACUUCUCAGCAAGUGACGACUGUGACGAAAGUGGUGCGCGAGGUUUCCCACAUGGAGCCGGAUCCGGGCGCGGUUAGUUACAUGUCGGUGCCAUUGAUGUCGCAAGAUUAUCAGCACGCGGACCCGCGCUACUCGGCGGACCCGUACAUGGUCACUUUCGACCAUUAUGACCCGUACCUGGGCUACCCGCCGCAACCGGGAUAUCCAGGACCUCACGGCAUUUACAUGCCGCGCUCGCAUUCCCCCCACAGCCCCCACAGCCCGUCGGAACACAGUCGUGCUUCGCCGCCACACGAAUACAUGCGCAAGGGUGCGCCCUACGUGGAGGGCGGCUAUAACGACAUCGACCCCGGCUUGAACCCCGCUUUGCAGGACCAUUAUCGCAUUACUCCCAGUCCAGGUGGUCCCGGAGAUCAGUAUGAUCGAAUCAGCAACUCGUGGAAUAUGGAUGACUCCGGCGAACCCUCUCAACAUCCUCAUGACGAGGGCAAAGUGGCCUACGGAUACGUGUCGCCGUCGCCUUACGGGCCGGUGGGUUACGGGCCAGCCGUGGGGGUGGGCCCGGUACCGAGCGACGUGCCGGGUUACGAGGAGGGCCACCCGGUGCCGUUGCCGUCGGGGGUGCCGCCCGGCAUCUUCGAGGACGAGGUGCACCUGCAGCGGUUGCAGUCGCGUCACCCGGUGGUGCCCGGCAUGGCCAGCCCGUUGGACGACGACCAGAAGUCCCUGCGCUGGCGCGACCCCAACCUGUCCGAGGUGAUCGGUUUUCUGAGCAACCCCAACAACAUAAUCAAAGCGAACGCCGCCGCGUACCUGCAGCACCUCUGCUACAUGGACGACCCGAACAAGCAGAAGACGCGCAGCCUCGGCGGCAUACCGCCGCUGGUGCAGCUGUUGGACCACGACAACCUCGAGGUGUACAGGAACGCGUGCGGCGCGCUGCGCAAUCUGUCGUACGGCCGGCAGAACGACGAGAACAAGCGCGCCAUCAAGAACGCCGGCGGCGUGCCCGCCCUCAUCAAUCUGCUGCGGCGGACCUCCGACGCGGACAUCAAGGAGCUGGUCACGGGGGUGCUGUGGAACCUGUCCUCGUGCGAAGAUCUCAAGAGGUCGAUCAUCGACGACGGCGUGACGAUGGUGGUGAACAACAUAAUAAUACCUCACAGCGGCUGGGACCCGAGCUCGUCGAGCGGCGAGACCUGCUGGUCCACGGUCUUCAGGAACGCGUCCGGCGUGCUGAGGAACGUGUCCAGCGCCGGCGAGUACGCGCGGAAGAACCUGCGCGAGUGCGACGGCCUGGUCGACGCGCUGCUCUACGUGGUGCGCUCGGCGAUCGAGAAGUCGAACAUCGGCAACAAGAUCGUCGAGAACUGCGUGUGCAUCCUAAGGAAUCUGAGCUACCGUUGCCAAGAAGUGGAGGACCCGAACUACGACAAACAUCCUAUCCAGUCCACGGUGCAGAACAGGGUCGCAGCACCCGCGAAAGGCGAGAAUCUGGGCUGUUUCGGCGGCAGUAAGAAAAAGAAGGACGGUCAACCGGUCCAGAAGGAAACGACCACGUCACGUACGACGAGUCCGCGUACCGAGCCAGUCAGGGGAAUGGAAUUGCUUUGGCAACCGGAAGUGGUACAGUCAUACCUAAGUCUCCUGCAAACCUGCUCGAAUCCGGAAACGCUCGAGGCCGCGGCCGGGGCGCUGCAGAACCUCGCUGCCUGCUACUGGCAGCCGAGCAUCGAAAUUCGCGCGGCCGUUCGCAAGGAGAAGGGUCUCCCGAUAUUAGUGGAGCUCUUGAGGAUGGAGGUGGACCGAGUGGUCUGCGCGGUCGCGACGGCACUGAGGAACUUGGCGAUAGACCAGCGCAACAAGGAGCUAAUAGGGAAAUACGCGAUGAGGGAUCUCAUCCAGAAGCUGCCGUCUGGAAAUAAUCAGCACGAUCAGGGCACGAGCGACGACACGAUCGCGGCGGUGCUCGCGACUCUGAAUGAGGUCAUCAAGAAGAACGCCGAGUUCUCGCGGUCGUUGCUCGAUGCCGGCGGUGUCGACAGAUUAAUGAACAUCACCAGGCAACGCCAGAAAUACACGCCGCGUGUUCUUAAAUUUGCAGGACAAGUGCUGUUCACCAUGUGGCAGCAUCAAGAACUGAGAGACGUUUACAAGAAGCACGGCUGGAAGGAACAGGACUUCGUCACGAAAACCGUCGCCGCCAGGAAUUCAGGGCCUAAUUCACCCAACAACGCUAACAGCUAUGAUUGCAGCACCCUCAAUCGACCGAUGGCGAGCCAGGGCAGCACGAGAUACGAGGAUCGAACGAUUCAGCGAGCGAACAUGAACUCGAAUAAUGUCGGUCGACCUACUAUAUAUCAAUCACAGCCGAAACCCGGUGAGCCGCUCUACGCGCAAGUUAACUUGGAGAAGAAAAAGAAGCGGCAGUACGAGCUGGGGGUGGGCCAGGGUCAAGCCGGUGGCGGCGCGAUACCCGGCGGCGGCGGCGUGACCGGACCGGGCGGCGGCGGCGGACCCACGGUGGGCCAGUGGAUGUCGGACGGCGUCGGGGUGCCGGACGGCAACGCGUCCGCCGCCGCCACGGUGACGAACGUGCCGCCCAACUCGACCGCCGCCGCCGCCGCCGGCGACUCCUGGGUAUAACACGCCCUCGAGCAGGUCCGCAGGACCGCUGGGAACUUCGGGCUCGUCGCGUCCUACGCAAGCGAGCCCCCGCCGAGCCUGUCCAUGUAAAGGGAGGGAAGGAGGACUCGCGCACGGCGACCGUUUCCGUCGAGCACAACGACCGCCGAUGACGACGACGGCUACGACGACUAGGGGAGUGUGCGAGUCGACGAGAGCUAACGGGCUGCGUAAGGUCGUACGAGGUCACGUCCGAGGCCUCUCCCUGCUGGGGAUCGCGGAGCGACUGCGUCGUUGAUGCUCGUCGCAUCGACGUUUCCGUAAGGAUCGUGAGGUCGUCAGACCGUUGUCGGGGGGAGGUCGUGGAGGAGUUACAGGUCGAUCUAGAGGGAUCUGCGGGGAGGAGACCGCGACGGUGUCGUAGCGUAGGCGAGAUACGUUUUCGCUGCAGGCUGUUGAAGCAAGGGCAGACUGAGUUACAUAGUAUUAACAGACACACACACACACACACACGAGGAGAGCGACGAUCCUCGGUCGAGCAGAAGGUGCUCACACACACGCUGAUCGUGUUCCGAACAGAAUGAAAGUAGUCCCCCGUUUGCGAGUGCAUUCUCGCUCUCGGAGCGUCGUCGAGCAAGCGAGCGAGUGCGAGCGAAAGUAACGUUAAGUUAGCGGAUUUUACGGCGCGACGGAGGCUUCUGCGGGGAAGAGGAAGGCGACGCGUAAAGAAACAGACGUCCACGUUAAGAUUAGGAAAUGAGAGAGAAGGGAUAUCGAGGUCAAGUUUCUAGCAGCCGAGACGAAGUGCCGGCUUCUGGGAGUAACGGACCGGAGACGAGGAGCGAUUCCGAGGGUUGAGCUACGAACGAGAGGAUGCAGUACGCGUGCCAAGUCGCGCCUGGCGAGGAUCCUUGGAGCGACGGAGCGGAGGCGACGAUCGGUUUCGGAUCGUCCACCGGAAGAGACGCGAAGGCCACGCGAGAGAACUCGAUGACCCGGUGACUCCCUCCGUUCGGAUCGCGCUGCUUCGGAGGCGAACGAGACACGGGCGAGAUCGCGUCCGAGAUCCUGUCUCGGUCUCAAGGACAACGCGAAGCUUCAUCGCCCCGCGUCGUCUCCAGGAGGUGGCGGAGUAUAACGGGACGGGCUGGAAAUAGCCCGGGAAGGAGAAAGGGGUCGAGAUCAAAGGCUCGCGCGCGCGCAGCGAGAUAGGUAGAUCGAAAACGUCGUCUCUCUCUUGAGCGCGCACUCUCGGAUGAAGCGCAACACUCGAGCCGCGGGGAGAGCCUCUCUCCGUGCACGUUGACCUUGAGAGCCGCGCAGCGAGACGCGCUCAGCCGAGUUCAUCGAGAGAGCUUCCUGCGCCAGGAUUAAAGAAGCGAGAACGGAAGAGGGAGGAGAGCUGAGAUCCCGCAGAAACGCGACACAGCCUGCACCUCGGGGUGCGUAACGACGAUGCACCAUCAUUAUCACCUACAACCAUCGCCACCACUGUUAUCAUCACCCACCCACCCCCUUCAUCCCAUAAUUUCGAUGUACUACGACACCACGAUGAUCGUGUUCGGCGAGAAGAGAGAGAGAGAGAGAGAGAGAGAGCGACUCGUCCAACAACCACAUCCGCAGCAGUAGUCGCACUAAAUGGCUCUAAAAACCUUCAUUGCACAAUUCUAAAUUAAUAUAUACUCCGUCUAAUUAUAUUACGCUCCGUCAUGGAACAACAUGUACACACACACACAUACACACGUACGUACGGUAAUAAGUACCUAAAUACGUAAGUACUACACAACACACACAUAUACAAACACGCGAAAGCGUAAGUGUAUAUUUUAAAAUGGUAUUAGCAGCGACGAGAGAGAGAGAGAGAGAGAGAGACAGAGAGAGUAUAUACCGAUCAUCGUGAAGUACCGUUAAGAGUAUAAGUGGGCGUGUCUAUGUAAGUAUUAUAAAUAAGUAAAGGGGUGCAAAGUGAGAGAGAGAGAGAGAGAGGGAGAGAAGCGCCACUUAGGCGAUUGAACAAAGGAUCGCCCGUGAUUUUUUACGCAGCUCCAACGACGUCGGUCGUGUAGCUUUUAUCUCGCGCUCGGGGAGGAAGAGAGAGAGAGAGAGAGAGAGAGAGAGAGAGAGAGAGA